UUCUUUCUUUCUUCGUUUGUUUGGCUGCACUCAGACUGCAACAUGCGGAGGCUUGAGAACAUUUUGUUAUGGAACUUGAUGGCUGCGGUAAUCAUUUUGGGUCAAGCAAGGCCAAAUAUGAAGCUCAACUCACAGUCAAGCAAUGGUUUAAGGUCAGACUGUGCUGGUAAUCUUAUGAGGCUGUCGUUGGACAAGGCUCUAGCAGUGGGGAACCAGCUUGAGGUGGAAGCCAUCAAUGGAACCCAGCACAUUGUGUUAACACCGAGCUUGGCUGCUCAGUGUGGAUACAGCAUGGAGUCCGACCCCUGGGGUAAUACCAGAAUCUACACCUCUCUGAUGGCCUGCUAUGUGGACAACAAAGAAGAUCAAACAUUCAAUGUUGGCCUGAGACUCAAAAUGCACAGUCCAUCAGACGUGGUUAAUCAUGACGUGACUCAGAAGUGCAGCUACGCUCAGUGGGCCUCCAGAGAGGUUCUCUGCGACAGGAACUACAUGGAAGUGUCAAACUACAUGGCUACACGUGACCCACAAACUGAAACUAAGGAUGACAACUCCCAGAUAAAUGUCAUUCCUGAUGCUUCCUCUGGUGCAGCACACGGUAUCUGGAAGAUGACGUUUUACACUCCAGAACCAGUUUCAAUGGUGCUGAGUGAGGCUGAACAAGCCGGCUACAGUGCCAUGAUGACCUCGAGCCGUCUUGUUGUGCGAAGCCCAUACAAUACAGCAGAUACCUAUUCGGAGGAUGUGGCUGGAAUCCCCAUGGAAGUCUUGAGGGUGAGCGCUUACUACAAGGCACCACAUGGUCUAAGUGUGGUGAACUUGGCAGCUGCUUGUCCUACAGGUGGCGUCCUCUUCACCGAGGAUGUGAUCUCUUGGCAUGUACCUCGCCACAUGGCGCCUCUGAUGGAGGGCAGCUUUACAAUCCUAGAAAUGCACAUGGGCAUCAACGGGCUGAGGCUGGGUAAAUCUCAGAUGGCCACAGGGGGGUACACCCUUUCUACCACAGACUUCCACAUCGUCAUUGAGAUCCCAGUGGGCUCACCUAAUGGUUACUACAAGAGCCAUGCCCCAGAUUACCAGUACCACAUCACGUACACUGUGGAGCCCAUGCUUGAGGUACUGUGGAAGGCAGAUAACGCCCAAGAUAAAACCAGGUACAAGGUUUUGUUCCCCAUCACCACCCCUCUGAUGCCUCGACCUCCCCACGCCCAAGACAAUACUGUCCCAGAGGAGAGGGUAUUCAGUGUUUAUCUGGGGACCUUACUUCAUGAUGUGGAGCUGAGCAACAUCACCUUCUCCACUGGAGUUCUCACUGUUGAGGAGUGCAAUGCCAGAGGUUUCCCUGUCCAGGAGCACAGCUUCCCCAACGGAAGCAAGAGCUUCUUUCUCCAAGUGCCCUUUGAUGCAGAUGUUGUCCUGAAACAUAAUCCUGAAGCUUUGGUUACGGUCUACUUCCUCCCUCUGAUCUUUGGGCUAAUCGUCCUGCCUGAAGAAACUCCAUUCGCCCACCCAGUGGAGUUACAGGCUUCUCUGCGGGAUGUUGUGCUGCCCACCCUCACUGGCACCUGUGACCAGAACAACUUCUAUAUCAGAACGAAAUACGGGAAUCAAGGCAAAAAUUUCGAGACCCUGAUUGGAGCUCAACAGCUAACGCCUGAGCUGGCUAAGAGCUAUGACUUCCAAGCAAACAGCACUCACGGCACUAUCGUAGUGCCAUAUAAUGCCAGGGACACAGUGUUUGAGCUGAUUACCUCAGAUUCAGUCAGAGCCAGACUUGAUGUGCUUCUAUUUCAUCCCAAUAACAACUGGGUGCUGGCUGAUCUCUACCUGGCCUGCAGUUUCCCCUUGAUCACAACUAAUUGCUACCCCAAUGGAACAAUGACUGCUCUGGCUGUGAAGGUGGAAUCUGUGCCAAAUCUCAUCCCAAGCUGGCUGACUCUAAAGGACCAGUCCUGCAAACCAGUGUCCAGCGAUGAUCGCUUUGCAUAUUUCUCUUUCAGUGCUGACUCCUGUGGGACCACUAGAACAUUCUUUGACCACUACAUGGUGUAUGAGAAUGAGAUUGGCCUGUAUCAUAACGACGACAAAGGAGCGACCUACACAUCGCCAAUUGAUCCUGAUUACAAACAAACAAUUUCCUGCUACUACGUGGUCAAUGAGACUCAGACUGUUGCCUUCAGCUAUAAACCAAGAAGCAUUCACCCCACAGCAGAGAUUAGCUCAGGGCAGCUGAUGGUGCAAAUGAGGCUAGCCGAAGAUUCAUCAUAUGAGUUUUUCUACCAAGCAGAAGAUUAUCCAGUAGUGAAAACUCUGAGGCAGCCUCUGUACUUUGAGGUGGAGCUGAUGCAGUCUACUGACCCGCAAUUGGAGCUUAUCUUGGAGAACUGUUGGGCCACCCUUCAUGAAGACAGGACUUCACUGCCCAGCUGGGAUGUCAUUGUGGACAGCUGUGAGAACCAUGACGACCGCUAUGUGACCAUCUUCCAUCCUGUCGCGAAAGACUCCAGGAUUUCUGUUCCAUCCCACGUUAAACGCUUCUCCCUAAAGAUGUUCACUUUCACCAUAGAAGAAGAGGUUCUGAAAGACGAGAUUUACGUCCACUGUGAUGCAGUGAUUUGCGACACAAACAGCCAAGCAGACGGUGCCUGCAGAGGUCAGUGUGUGCAUCCUACAGGCACGAGUAACUCCAGACCUCAGUGGACAAAAAGUGAACAAAGAAGUACAGACUCCCACCAAAGGCAGAUCUCCUCUGGACCAAUUCUUCCAUCAAACUUCUGAAUAAACAGUUUCUUAAAA